UUACACCGGAAACCGGAACUUGAAAAUUUUCUCUUAUGCGCGAGUGCGUGAGGAGUUUGCUGGCAAGUGCCUCGGUAUAACUUGUUUAUCCAGAGAAGGUUUUCUUAUUUUUAAACGUGGACCAGAAAGUUUAUGUAAUGGUGACCUAAAACAGCAUUUUUUUGGUACACGUUCAGUAGCAUUUUAUCUUUUUAUUAUGGAUAUGCUCGGUACUGUAUAAGAAUAUUCAGAUUUAUCUGUUGAGGAACGCUGUGAAUCUGGUGAUGGAUCUUUCCACCGGUUUACCUCUCAUUUGAUUUUCAUCGUAGUUGUGAAGGAGUAAAUUUUGUUGGAUGCAACCAUGUAACUUUUCAAAAACCACUGAAGUUGGGAAUCCCCACUUUUUCAUCAUGAGAUGACUCGUAUUUCAAAGAUGAUGUCUUUAUUCAUGAUGAAGAAAAAGAGAUACAAGUUUAAUGUUAACUUUAGACUUGAAGAGUUGUCUUCUGUUCCAUUUAUAAGUGGUUUGCUGUUUGCUAAAAUCCGACUUUUGGAAGGUGGAAGCUUUUUAGAACAAAGUACAAGAGAAGAGAUACAGAACCACUGUGUGUCUUGGAAGACUUCCUACAACUUUCAGUGCAAAGUAACAGCCAGCGCCAGCACCGGCUUUCUGGAUCCCUGUGUCUGCCGAGUCUCCGUGCGCAUGGACCAGAAAGGAGGGAAGGCAUAUCAAAAGCUGGGCUUUGUGGACAUCAAUCUGUCCGAGUUUGCUGGAUCUGGACAACAGUCCAGGAAAUUCUUGUUGGAAGGGUAUGAUUCCAAACAUCGACAAGACAACUCGACCAUUGAACUCACCUUGGAGAUGACCUUGAUCUCUGGUGACCCUGUUUUUAAAGUCCCACGUCAGACCACCAAGUGGUACGAUGACUUAGACCAGCCAGCUGUGAGGAUAGAGGAGUGCAGCGAGGGUAGUUUGGCCUCAAACAGUGCCAGUAGUGGCUGUGGUAGUCUACCUCGCAAAGACAGGCCAAGUAUUAUUACAGAUUCUCCAGAGGUUGAUAUGCACCCCCAGAAUCCUGACUGUGAGGGUUUGAAGAGCCACCAGAGAAAUGACAGCUACACCAGUACACACUCGCGGGGGUCCACCGGGUAUGCCUCGCUUGGACACAGUCGACAAUCAAGUGUGGGCAGUGAGAAAAACCCCUAUGCUACUCACACCAGGAGCUCCAGUGCUGGCUCAGCUCUAAUCAAUGAUCUCACAAAGGGCGACAGAAGAAAAAAACUAGAGGAGUUGGAAAAGGGCAAGCGAGUGGAUCAAACACGGGUAAAUGCUGGAGAUGUGGUGGAUGACCUAUUUAAAGAGUUCAUGAGCUCAACAGAACUCAGCACCAAAAACCAGCGAAGUACUGGUCUACAGCUUCAGUUUGACAAAGAAGGAAAUCCCUUUUUAAGGUGACAUGACACCUACAGAAACCAUGGCAGCAUUCCCAGGGAUCAUUCCUUGUUGAUCAUGGAGAACAAAUCUGACUGUCAGAAGAAAGGUGUACGCAGUCCCAGAAUUGUUUUGUGAUAUAUUUAUUCAGGUUGCUGAAGACAUGGCUUUAUAUCAGCAAUUCUUUAUGUUGACAAAGAAGGAUUUUAAAUGUGCAGUUCAAAGAGGAAGAAGUGUGAGGAAUGUAGUGGAGGAAACCAUUUCUGAACCACAGAUCUCCAUGAGGAUUCAGAAGUCAACUUUUUACAACUUAGUAUAUAGUGUGUUAUUUUGUAUGUAUUCUUAAGAUUUGAAAUUUUUCUGAGAUUCAGAUUACUAAGGUGUAACAUUUUAAUUCAAUGGCUUUUUUAAUAUCCUCUGUGAACAAAUUUCAUAGGAUAUUGGUGCUUUUAUUCUGUUUGAUAGUUCCAUCAUUUUUCAAUUCUCACAAGAAAAUGCUGUAAAACAACGUAUCAUAAUUACAUUCUGUACCUCACAAAUCACAUUACUCACCCCUCUCUAUCCAUCUUAUUAUCACACUUGAUGUCAACAACUUACAGUGUAAACAUUAGAAACGGAAACCAGGCAGACAAGUUUCUGAAGACCAUAGUGUAUGUCUUGACCCAGAAAGAACCAAGGUAUGUUUGAAAGGACAAGGUUCUUCAGAUUAGCUGUCAAAUUUUUUUUCAUGAUUCAGUAAUGCAACAAUUUAGAUACCCAAGUACGUUAAGGUUACUUUUGGUCAGUAGGGUAUGUUUUCCUCUACCUACAUCGUUUUGAAAUAUCAUGGCCAUAGGGUUUUAAAUAAAAAAAAUUAAAAUGUCUGGGCCAUAUCAUUUGACAUAGCAUUUCACAGAUUGUUGAAGCUUAUACUUGCACAUAAACUCUUGUUGACAGAGUGCAUUAUGACUUUCAACUAUGAUCGUGUGAAUUUUUAUUUUUUUUCAAACUUAACUUUGUAACACCGAGAUUGCAGUGAAUGGCCAUGUGGCACAGACUUAGUAUUAACAUUAUGAUAUUCUUUGAUGGGCAUUGUCAUAGCGGCACACAUAUGGAAAACUACAAAUCAAACAUACCUUCCUUUACUUACAGCCUUUUUUAUGACCUUUGCUUAUUAACUGCAAAAUAGCAGUCUAAGAGAAGUGGUGUGUAAAUCACUGUGCUUUCUUACCUGUUGAAAAGAGAAACACUUGUUUGUAACUUUGCAGUGUUGUUGAAAUGUUGCUCUAAACUAUCUGUAGUCCUAGCAAAAUGUAUGUGUACUGCUGUUGUUUUCAUUGUCUUUUUCAAUAAUUCAUUACAUUAUUGAUUGAGAGGUGCCUUAGAACUUUACUUUUACUUUUACAUGACUGUCACAGGGACCAAAUCAUGGAUUACAGAAUCAUAUUAAAAAAAAUUGCAUUUGCAUAGUGAUUGUUUUCUCUGGAGAAAAUUUCCAUCUUUGGGGCUAAUCAUACUUAUGAAGCCAGCGGAUCUUGAUAUUUGUCAGUGCUGAUUUCAAAAAUAAAAAUUGCUAUUUGUCUUUUAAGCUACCAUCAUUUUAUAUUGUGUUCAGUCACGCUCACUACACUCUCAUAUUGAUGCCAAAGCAGAUCCUGUGUUUGAUAACCAUGAACUUGUUUAUAUUUAUAAAUAGGAGGUUUUUAUUUUUUUACCACUUGACAAAGAUUUAAACAGAUAUUACAAAGUUUUUAUCAUUAUUCUGUUUUUAGCCAUUUUGUUUAAUAUGAACUCUUGAGAUAGUGCAUAUGCUCUGCAAAUCAAUUCUACACUUUAGAAUUUACAUGUACAGACAGAACUACACAGUCAACACCACCUUAGCUAAUCCAUCAUAUUCACAGAAAUGACAGAAAACUUCACAUUUCAUUAACCAGUAACCACCAUUCUUUAUUUCGUAGCAACUAUUGUUCAUUUUAAUCUAAGCAACAAGAGAGAAAAUUUUCACACCUUUACUAGCUUCUCAUCGUAAGUAAUGUUUGCAUUUAUUUUGAAUUUGUGCAGUAAUUGUAGUGUAUAUGAAAUAAAAUACCUGCAAAGGUGCUCCAACAGUUAAGACUGCUGACCCAGAAUUGGUUCUAUAUACCUGCCUUUUUUGACCUGGCCUUUCACAAAUUGAUUUAGUGAUUAAUGUGAAGAUUUAUUGUGAACAUCUUGCUCAAAAUGUUGCAGGCAGUGUAAAAUUUGUGCAAUCUCAUUUCCUUUAUGUAUAUAAUACAUGUAUAUUUUAAAAAUUCACAUUUAAUUUUGUACAUGAGGCAUUAAGGCACAUUUGAAUUUGCACAUACAUAACAAUAGAUUUUUAUUUUUUUAUUUUUUUUUUUGGUUUUGAUAAGUGUUUUUGAUGGUAUGCCUUAGAAUAGGGUAAGAUGUUCACCAAAUCCUUGUAGUGUUACAUCAUUAUAAUUAUGGUAGAUUCAAGAUAUUUAAUACUUACCUUUCCAGAGAAAUUCCCUUUUAUCAAUUAGAGUAGAGGAUUUUUAUUCAAUGGGGCUGUAAUACUAUAAAAUCUAGAAGACCUCACAAUGAAAAUGGUUAACCUUUAUAGAUUUGUGCAUGUUUUUCCUGGAUAAUUCUGUUGGUGUUUUACUGUAGUACUGGAACAUGACUAGAAGUCACCAAUUGUUAUCCAUCCUCUAGUGUUGUCAAGUUUUCACCAAUUUAAGAACUUUGAAGUCUUUUAAACUUUUUCGUUGUUGUUUUAUUUAUUUUUUAUAAAUUUGACAUGCUUCAACGAUCAAUACACAAUGUACAUCUUUUUAACUCUGCUUUUUCAAAUAUUUUUUUAAAAUGUGUAAAAUCAGGUAGUACAUGUAUACCCAUGGAUUACAGCACAAUAAUGAUUCCUUGUGGUGUAAUUUGACUAAUAAUGACUGUCUUGAAGGCUUUGUUGUCAGUUCUAAUGCCUUAACUUUUAUACCAACACAAUGGCAGAGUGAGUUUACAGAAGUGCCUUUUUUCAAAUCCCAAAUUUUUUAACAGAUGUAGAUGUAUCUAAUUCAGUACGCAUUCUGUGUGAUCAUUUGAAUGACCUGCUUACACUUACUCUGCAUUAGGCCUUACAACAGUGAACCUAACAUGAAAUUUCUCCUCUUGGUUUAUGUAAACGAAUCCUAGUUCUUUUAUACUGUGAGUGAAUUUCUACUGCAUUGUAUUAUAUUUGUUCAGUUCCUCUUCAUGAUGACAUAAUUAUCUACUUACUCACAAUGGAUCAAAAUGUGCUGUCAUUUUAGAAUUACACAUAUCAGAAGUUACAUGUAUAUGAAUGGCAGACUUGGGUUGUCAUGUGUUUGGCCUUUACUCUUAUGGUGGUUUGCACCUAAAGGCUGUCUUCCCUAUUUAUUUUUCCAUGUCAUUUCUCGUACAUAGUGCUGUUUUGUUAAUAGAUAUCAGAAAUAAAGAUUUUUCUCGGUA